UGGGGGCAGUAAAGUGUCUUUCCCCAAAGCCACACCGGUCGUGGCGUUGCUGUAAUCUGUUCGCAAUGGCCCCAAGACGGAUGGAGAGGUUCUUGGGUCGUAUGCUGCGAGUUGUUGUUAAAGUGUUAUUUGCUGCUUUUAAGUUACUUGCACCUCAGCAGCGGAGUGACGAUAACCGCAGGCUCCCACCUAUCGCCAACACUCUGCUCACCGUUCCUGCUAUUCAACUUGCCCAAAAGAUUCGUCGAAAAGAAGUAACAAGUGUUGAGGUGGUUCAAGCUUACAUUGAUCGUAUCCAAGAAGUCAAUCCACUGAUCAAUGCUGUAGUUAAGGACAGGUUUGCUGCAGCUCUGCAGGAGGCUACGCUGGUGGACAAGCUGGUAGUUGAGGAGACAGGAGGAGAGGAUGUUCUAGAGGACAGGCUCCCUCUGCUGGGGGUGCCCUUCACUGUGAAAGAGUCCUUUGCCUUGCAGGGCAUGCCGAACUCCACAGGGUUGCCGAGCAGGAGGUCAGUGGUGUCAGGGAUCGACGCCCCCUCUGUGGCCCUGCUGAAGAGGGCGGGUGCGAUUCCGCUGGGUGUGACCAACUGCAGUGAACUGUGCAUGUGGCUGGAGUCACACAACCACGUGUAUGGCAUCACCAGGAACCCCUACCAGCUCGGGAGGGGAGCAGGAGGGAGCUCAGGGGGAGAGGGAAGUGUAAUAGCUAGUGGGGCUUCUGUGAUUGGAGUGGGCUCAGAUAUUGGCGGUAGCAUUCGUAUGCCUUGUUUUUUUAAUGGAAUCUUUGGGCAUAAGCCAACAUCAGGUAUAGUGUGUAAUGACGGCCAGUACCCUCCACCGUCCGGGCAGCAGCCUGGCUUCCUCUGUACUGGCCCCAUGUGUCGCUAUGCCCAGGACCUGGUACCCAUGCUGAAGAUCAUGGCUGGACCGGAUGCAGAAAAAUUAUGUCUCUCUGCGGAUGUCGACCUAAGCAAGCUCAGGUUCUUCUCUGUCCCUCACGACGGAGGCUCACCUCUCUCGUCCCCGGUAGACCCACAGCUAAUUCAGGCACAGAGGAAGGUGGUUGAACGUCUGGAGGCAGACCUCGGGGUCAAAGUUAAAGAGAUGCGCAUUCCUCAGCUGAAAUACUCGUUCCAGAUCUGGGGGGCUAUGAUGUCAUCACCUGACAAAGACGGAAAGAUUCCUACCAGCUUUGCUGAGCUUAUGAAUGGAGGUGGGAAGAAGGUGUGGCCUGUUUGGGAGCUGUUCAAAUGGGCACUAGGACUGUCACCCCACACCAUUGCUGCUAUAGGCCUGACCCUGGUGGAGAUGUUUCAGAGCUCACACCCAUCUCAGUUCAUCCUGCAGCAGAAGGAGAGCCUACAGAGGGAGCUGGAGGAGCUCCUGGGUUUGGAUGGAGUUCUGCUCUACCCUUCUCACCCCCAACUGGCCCCCAAACACCACUACCCUCUGUUCACUCCCUUCAACUUCUCCUACACUGGGAUUUUUAAUAUUCUGGGGCUGCCAGUGACCCAGUGUCCGUUAGGGCUCAGUGAGGAGGGCUUGCCCCUGGGUGUGCAGCUAGUAGCAGGGAAGUUGCAGGACCGUCUCACCCUGGCCACUGCCCUGUACCUGGAGCAGGCCUUCGGAGGCUGGAGGGAGCCCGGCCACACAGCACAAGAGCCGACGAGCACCCUGAACGCCCCACGUUUCCAUAGUGAUACCACGUAAGCCCCCCACCCCCCCAGAAAACAUAAGAUAGAUAUAUAUAUAAUACUACAACCACUAACAAUCGCUUGUUACCACAGCACAAUUUUUGUUUAUCUUUUACAAGUUGAGAGUCGUGUCCUCAUUAAGAAUGUGUUGAGAGUGUCCAUCAGUGUAAUGUAAACGGUCUUUAUCUAACAAGUGGUGAACAGGCUCUAGCUGGCUAGUUUGGUGUAAAUGAGGGAUUGGGUGUAGUGUGAGUGUGUGGGGUGUCCCUCUCUGCGUUUCCCGCGCAUGUUGUGAUGCCACACCACUGCCAUGUGGCUGUCCGCGCUGGAAGAGUCGCUGUUGGGUCGCUAAUCACCUCACAGGAUGGACGCAUCUGCCUACCAGAGAGGAUGCUGCCAUUACAUGAUGAAGGUGUAACCCACCAUGGACUGGCUGAGAAUGCACUGAAUAAAGUUGUUGUUUUAAAGUUG